GCUGUAAGCGCGAAAGUACGGGAAACUUCCAGAGACCAUUUGGAAGGAAAACCCGCGAACAGUGUGUCGCCAUCGCCGUUCCAAAAAUGUCCAUUCUCCACUUCCAGCUUCUUCUUCCCACAACAACCAGUUCAUCGAGCUUUCUAUUUCCGCUGCAAUGGAGAUUAUGAUGGAGAAGAAGAAGAAGGAUCCAGGCCAAGAACUCAGAACUAUCAAGCUAUUCUGCCCUUCACUCUCCACCAUUGCUCCAUUCGUUGCAUCGUUGGACCAGUGCAUCGAUAUCGGCUCCAUAGCCACCAUUUUCGGUCUCGAGCCCUCAACGGUGAAACUCAAUGGUCACUUCCUCAGUCGAGGCCUCGAUCUCGUCUCCUCUGUUACUUGGAACUCUCUUCUCUCUUUCUUCUCUGCUAAACGGCUGCCUACUGGAGGCUCCGAUGAUGAUGCACUUGUUGUUGAUGGAAAGCUCUCUAAAAUUGGCGUCAAGAGAGCUCACUUCCCUCAGGAAAUUGCAAAUGGGGAUUGUUGCGAGGCUGAUGAAGAAGAUGGCAAUCUUAAUGGUGGAAGGCUAAAACCAGAAAGCAACCUGGUCAAGAAUAAAAGGUUGAAGCAUAUGAACUCAGGAAGCAAACGUAUAGAUUCUCCAGUAUUGAAAUGUAGUCCCAAUGAUUAUAAAAGAAAACAACACAUGGAAGAAGUCAUCUUGCUCAAGAAAUUGAAGUUAAACGAAACUAAAUCAGGUUUCGACGAAUUAUCCGAUGCAGGCAGAGAAAUAAACAACACGGCCAAUAGCUUCCCACGGAUGAUGGAUCAAUAUAGCAAGUAACAGAUUGUUCAUAAUGGUACUCAUGGCAGUCUGCCAACCACAAGAAGGAAGAAGCUCAUUCCAAACCUUGCUACCACACUCGCAUGAUGCAUUUUUCACGGAGAAUUUGCAGGAAUCGAGUUUCCAAUGAGAGAAUCUUCUCAUUUUUAUAAAAAAUUAUUCGCUUCAAAUUUCAAUAUUAGAACUUAAUCUUCCAUACUUGAUAUACAAAAAGUGAAGCAGAGUUGAGAUGGGAAUGGGGACGAGGAAUAUAAUCCUCAUCCCUACCUACCUCCGUUUAGUUCACUCA